AUGUCACGCAGUUGUCUACCAAAAACUCUCCAAGUAUCAAAUCUUCCUUGGUUUUUUUUUUUGAUUUUCUGUCAAACGAAAUUUUGUCAUAAUGUAUCGACUACCUAUUGCUGUUCGGUCAUUAAGUCUACGCAAAGCUCAGCAAAUCAGUCAUGUGCAGCGCUGGUAUGCUAAGGAUGUUAGGUUUGGGUCUGAAGUUCGAGCACUUAUGCUUCAGGGGGUUGAUAUUCUUGCUGAUGCUGUUGCUGUCACCAUGGGUCCAAAGGAAUAAUGCUUGCUGUGGAAAAAAUAACAGAAACUCUGAAGACUUUAUCCAAGCCAGUAACUACACCUGAAGAAAUUUGUCAAGUAGCCACGAUUUCCGCGAAUGGCGACACUUCAGUUGGCAACCUUAUAGCUGAUGCCAUGAAACGCGUAGGUAAAGAAGGAGUUAUAACUGUAAAGGACGGAAAGACUUUGAUAGAUGAAUUGGAAGUGAUUGAAGGAAUGAAAUUCGAUCGCGGUUAUAUUUCUCCGUAUUUUGUUAAUACCACCAAAGGUGCCAAAGUUGAAUAUCAGGAUGCCUUGAUACUGCUAAGCGAGAAAAAAAUUUCAUCGGUUCAGAGUAUCGUACCAGCUUUGGAACUUGCAAAUGCUCAAAGGAAACCUUUGAUCAUUAUUGCCGAAGAUGUAGAUGGUGAAGCUUUGACGACACUUGUUGUUAACAGGCUCCGAAUCGGUCUACAAGUAGCUGCUGUCAAAGCUCCAGGCUUCGGUGAUAACAGAAAGGCAACUUUGACCGACAUGGCGAUCGCAACCGGCGGUAUCGUAUUCGGUGACGACGCCAACAUAGUCAAACUAGAAGAUAUCAAACUUUCCGAUUUGGGACAGAUUGGCGAAAUCGCCAUCACCAAAGAUGAUACCUUGUUACUCAAAGGUAAAGGUAAAAAGGAAGAUAUCGACAGAAGGUCGGAACAGAUAAGGGAUCAGAUUGAAUCGACGACAUCGGAGUACGAAAAGGAGAAACUUCAAGAGAGGUUGGCAAGACUUGCCUCUGGCGUUGCGGUUCUGAAAGUCGGCGGCAGCAGUGAAGUUGAAGUCAACGAGAAGAAAGACAGAGUGAACGAUGCUCUGAAUGCUACCCGAGCCGCAGUGGAAGAAGGGAUCGUGCCCGGUGGUGGUACUGCACUUUUGAGAU